AUGUUUAUCUGUGCAGUCAUCACCGACCGCAUCCUGGCUAUAGUCUUCCCACUUGAGUCUCGGUUGGUCCGCACCCACCGCAACGCUGCCCUGGUCUCCCUGCUCGUAUGGGCCAUUACCGUCCUGCUCAUUUACCUCAGCUAUCCUAACAUCUACUGGCAGCAGAGGAGUGGCAUCGGCUACUGUGGAAUUGUGGUAACCUCGAGGUUCAGGUCUACUGCAGCCACCUACAGUAUAAUCUGUCAUCCUACUACUCUGCAGGUGUCCGUUCCCUUGCUCCUCAUCAUCCCUUCCUAUGUGAAGAUUAUAGCCCGGAUGAGGCAAUCGCGGCAGCAGUGGGCUGCAGGCAAGAUGCAGGGCCGGGACAAGACCAUCUGGCUGAUAGCAUUUUUUUCAUGGCCAAUUUCCUUGUGUGCUGGGUACCAGGGCCGUUGCUCCAUAUUAUAG